UUAUUUUAAAUAUAUAUUAUUUCUAAGUAGCAACACACACACAAAGUUUUUUGUAAAGCCAUAGCUGCAUUCAUUCAUUUUUACUAGUGUGCAAUCUUGCAAAAAAAAACGCAUGUGGUUUUGCCGGCACCUAGAGUACUAAACUUACCUCUACCAACCCGCAACAAGUACUGACUUGCUUUUCGCGGUCUUCUCUGAGAACCUUCCAACGUUCGUUGGCAUCGCACGGCUAUGAUUACACAUCGUUGCCAAUUUGAAUAAGAAAAAUUACCCUGCAUUUCUAAAAUAAUCCCGCUAAAAUAUGACAUGGGAUUGCUUAGCGAGCAGUGGAAUUAGACUUCGUAACCACGUCUUCAUAGACCAAGAACAAUUUCUAGUUACGCCUAUGGUACGAUAUCAAACCACUGUUAAAAUCAGCAAAAAAGAUGUUUACCUACCGACUCGGAUCAUAUCUAUGUGAUUCAUAUCAAUUAUUACGUUUUUCAGUGCGAAAUCGAACACAUGUUAAAAUUAUUUGUGGUUUAUAAUUAUAAUUUGUAAUAAAAUUUAGUGGUUUAUUAAAAUGCCGAAGAGAUCAAAAAUUUCCAAUUAUGGAAAAAUUUGGACUUAAUUCAACGCAUGAUUCAGAACUCAUCAUCCUCGAGCUCUGCAAGUACAAAAAUGGCCAGCAAAAUCAUUCUUCUAGUCAUAUUUAGCUUAGUCAGUAGGUCCAUUCAAGAUAUAAAUAAUAAUGAGAUAGAUGUAGAUUCAAAUCCAUAUAAAGAAGCAGCUGAUGAAAUACGAAAAGAACAAAAUGCACAAAAUAUCGGAUCGAUAUUUCAAAACGCAUUAGAAAAUGAUGGAGAGAAUAUAGUGGGUAAUAUCCUUUCUCAAUUCGGCAAAGAAAAUGCUGGUCAACUUCUACAAGGAUUGGGAUCGAUGCUUAAUCAAAAUAACAAAAAAGAUUCGGACACACCAAAUAUACUUGAAAGCCUUGGCACUAUUAUGUCAACUAUGCAGACCAAAACUAAUAACGAAAAACAAGGUGAAGGCCCUGCAAAUUUACUACAGGGACUUGGAAGUCUCUUAGGACAAGGCGCUCAAGGAAAUCAAGCUGUAAAUUUGUUACAAGGACUAAGUAGUCUUCUAAACCAAGGAGAACAAGGAAAUCAGGAACAAGGAGGUGGCGCUGCAAUUUUGCUGCAAGGAUUAAGUAGUCUUAUGAACCAAGGCGAACAAGGAGGUGGCGCUGCAAAUGUAUUGCAAGGUCUCGGAUCGCUCUUGAGUCAAUAUGAUGGAAAAAAUAAAGAACAAGCAGGUGGCGCUGCAGAUUUAUUGCAAAAUAUUGGAUCACUUUUAAGUCAAUCUGACGAAAAGUCUGGAGAUAAUCAAAACCAAGGAGAAGGCGUUGCAAAUUUGUUGCAAGGACUUGGGUCCUUGAUGGGUCAAGGUGGUCAGGGAGGAAUGAACCCUGCGAUGAUCGGAACAAUGUUAAAUUUAUUUUCAAACCUAGCUCAAGAGGAAACUCCAGAAGUUAAGCGUAGUUCUGAAUCUAAAAAGAUUGACACCAAAGCGCAAACUAAUUCAGAUUUGAAUAUGGACGAUAUAUUGUCAUUAGCUGGAAACUUCUUGAAUUCCGGAGACAAAAAAGAAAAGAAAACUAAAGAUAUAAACUUUUUAUCACUGUUACCAACCAUUCUACAAAGUAUAAAUGCUUUCAUAGGACCAGAAGCUGAUAAAAGAGAAAAAAGCCACGAAGGACAUUCAUGGCUAAUGCCGCCAUUACUGGAAAAAUUUCAUAUUCUUUUCGAUCAUUUUAUUCAUUCUGAUAUUGGAAAACAAACGAUAAGUGCUCUAGGAGCUGAAAAGUCCUUUAAAAUAUUUUUCGAUGAAAAAGGAAGGUUUAGUUAUAAGAAAUUUGGUGAGAUGAUGGAAAAUCAUUCUUAUAGGAGACAAUGGAUUAGCCUGGUGACUGAUAGGAUUGCGAGUUUCUUGCAAUAUGCUUCUGAACCAAAAGUUUACAAAACCUAUAUUGCUGGCGGACAACUUUUCUUCAAUACAUACUUCAAGGGCCAAGGAUUUCCAAAAGCUGCUAUGUUUGAUCCAUCAAGACCUGUGGAAACGAUAAGUGCUUUCGUUAAUUAUGCCGCUAAGAAAUAUUUCGAUGUGAAAAUCAACUCAAAAGAAUAUGUUAAACCAGCUGUGAUGUAUAUAAUGGACGUACUGAAAUUGGCAGAAAAAAGUGCAACCAUGAAAAGUUUAGGUAAUUCCAAAGAGCUAUCAAAUAAGUUAGCAGACACUAUAAAUUUGGAAAUAAUCGAACCUUUGGCGAGGGUUAAUCGGGCUUUUAGAUUUUCCAAAGCAGUUCCGAAAUGCGUAAGGUACGUUUUGUGUCUUGUCAACGAAAAUCAAGAAAAUGAAUCCGAAAGUCUACCAGGAUUAAAGAAAUUAUUGUACAAAGGAUCAAGUUUACUUGCAGGAUGGUUCUUGAGUACCGAAACGAGUACACCAUUUUGGACUUUGUAUAUGGAUAUCACAGACAAAUCAGAUUGCAAGAAAUUAUACACAGAUGAGUGCAAUGCUUUCCACGUUGAAGAAUUGAGAGUGACGACUGAGUAUGUUCAUAACGAAUUGUAAAAAUUUUAGGGUUAGAACGUUUUGCUCAGUUAAUAUAUAGCAUUUAGUUUCUAUUUUUGUUGUAUAUGUAUUGAGCAAAUAAAUAUGUAUUUA